AAUUUUUUUCUCUACUACAGGUUCUAAACAAAACCAGCGAGGCCACGUACUACCAAGCCGAAGCCACCAAUCUCAUUUCAGGGUCUAUCGCAAAAACUAAAAGAACGCUGCAAACAAAUUUCACCUGCUGGAGUUUAAGAAUGCUCAACCUUGAUGAAAGCACUAAAAAAGGAGAGCGCGAGUACCAUUAUUUGGUUACAGCUGAAAACGAAGUGCACAUCAUUAAAGAAGAGGCAACAGCUGUUUCCCUACCGAAUUAUAGUACUAAAAAUGCAAUUGAAUAUGAAUAUAAUUAUGGUCAGCCUAAAUCGGUCGAUCCCGUUAUAUUCACUGAUGGCGCAAGCUGCGAUCUCAUCAACAUCCCAAGAGAAAAGGAUGGAAAGGGCUGCGAGCUCUGGGUGAAUGACAAAUAUAAAGACAAUGUCCCGUCAUGUUGCUCAUUUAUCUACGACCUUCUGUGCUCACAGGAGCGAAGCUACGACAUUUAUAAAAAGGACGAAUGCAAGGAAGUUGUAGAGAGUUGGCCAACAACCUCAAAAGCCCAGGCACCAACCAUGGCACAAACCAAACUGCCAGAGAUAAAUGAUAAGCCACGUGGAAAUUUAAUGGCUUAGUGCAUUUCAUUUUGUGGAUUUACAAAAGGUUAUGGAAUGGUAGCCAUCGCGAUGUAUUAAAUUUGGCCCCGAAAUACGAGCAAAUGAAAUACAACCUUGCAUCAAUAAAAUCGAAACAUAGCAAA